AUGGCCUUCCCCUGCCUCGAUGCGAUCGAGUCCCGAUCGGAAACGCUCAAGGCCGGUGCCCGUCCGAGACCGUCGUCGGGCCCCGAACCUUCCUACACCUCUGGCGUCACCCUCACCUACCAGUGUCAUAAACCGCUCGAGCUCGACUGGGGCGGCGUUCUUCCCGAGUUCAACGUCGCCUACGAAUCCUGGGGCGAGAUGAACGCGCAAAAGUCCAACGUCAUUCUCCUCCACACCGGCUUGUCGGCCUCGUCGCACGCCCACUCCACGCCGGCGAACCCUCAGCCUGGCUGGUGGGAAAGAUUCAUCGGGCCCGGCGCGCCUCUGGACACGGACAAGUAUCACAUCAUCUGCACCAACGUCAUCGGAGGAUGCUACGGCUCCACCGGCCCCGGCAGCGUCGACCCCGGUAACGGAGAAAAGUACGCGACGAGGUUCCCCAUCCUCACCAUGCAGGACAUGGUCCGCGCCCAGUUUCGCCUGCUCGACGGCCUCGGAAUCGACAAGCUCUACGCCAGCGUUGGCUCCAGCAUGGGCGGCAUGCAGUCCCUGGCCGCCGGCGUCCUGUUCCCGUCGAGGGUCGGCCGCGUCGUCUCCAUCAGCGGCUGCGGCCGCAGCCAUCCGUACAGCAUCGCCAUGCGGCACACGCAGCGCCAGGUGCUCAUGAUGGACCCGCAUUGGAACCGUGGCUUCUACUACGACGGCAUCCCUCCCCAUGCCGGCAUGAAGCUCGCCCGCGAAAUCGCCACCGUCACCUACCGCUCCGGGCCCGAGUGGGAGCAGCGCUUCGGCCGCCGAAGGGCCGACCCCGGCAAGCCGCCUGCCCUGUGCCCCGACUUUCUCAUCGAGACCUACUUGGACCACGCCGGCGAGAAGUGGUGUCUCGAAUACGACCCGAACAGUCUCCUCUACGUGAGCAAAGCGAUGGACCUAUUCGAUCUUGGCCGCGAAAACCAGCUCGCAACCCAGAGCCGGCGCGCAGCCCGCGGCAACGGUUCCCAAGCGGGCUCCCUCCUCCACUGCAGCCUCACCCUCCCUAAGACGCCGUACGAGGAGCAGCCAGAGUCUCGGGGCGACGAUGCGGCACGCAUCGAGCCCGUAUCCUCACGGCCGCCCGCCGAUCUCGUCCUCGGCCUGGCACCCCUGCGUGACACGCCCGCAUUGGUCAUGGGCGUCGCGAGCGACAUUCUUUUCCCAGCCUGGCAGCAGCGCGAGGUAGCCGAGUCGCUCAGGCUGGCGGGGAACAGAAACGUGACGCACGUGGAGCUGAGCGAACAGAUGAGCCUCUUUGGCCAUGACACAUUUCUGCUGGAUUUGAAACACGUCGGAGGGAACUUGCGCAUGUUCUUGACCUAG